AGUCCUAGAGUUAUAAGAGCAUCUACUAGAGCACGUAAGGAUGCAAUUAAAGCUUUCAUAAAGAAGUACCCGAAUGCCAACCUAGAAAAGUUUGAGUUCGUGGUUAACAUAGAUCUUAACGGUGGAAUUACCGAUGUAGAGACUAAUUAUAAGGUAGAUGAUAGUACCUCUUAUGGUAUUACCUCAGAUGGAUUUAAAAGUAAUCCUGAAUUUGUAAAGUCACUUCAUUCCCUUAAGACACCGACUAAAUGGUCAUCAGUUUGGGCUUCAGGGGGUAAUGUACCUGACUACUCAAGUGUAAGAAAUGUUGAACAUGAAUGGCCGUUGGUUUGGGCUUCAGGAGGUAACUUACCUCCUUUUACAAACUUGAGGGAAGCUGAUCAUGUAUGGGGUCUUCACCAUUAUCCAGUUUUUCAGAAGGCUGUUAAUCUAGGAUCACCCCUGCAUAAUUUUAAGGUGUACGUUUCUGAUCAGGAUUACUUCCUUUCUAAAUUUAGUCCAAUAGAGCGGUGUGAGUGGUCAGGUAAGGCGGUGCUUUAUGAGAACAAUAAGGGCUUAGUUGAGCUUCCCAAGGGUGUUCCAACUGAUAUACGCAAUGUGAGCAUGGACUUCGAGAAUGAACCAUAUUUUGCUCAAAUAUGUUCCGCGUAUAUUGCAACUUUCCUAUGCGGCAUUUCUGUUAAAAAUCUAGAGUGGAAUGAUUCUACCCCAAAACAGAUUACCUCUAUAGCUAGAUACCAUCUUUACUAUACAAUGAGAAAGUUUAUGAAAAAUCCUGCGCUAAUGAAAAAGUAUGAUAUAAGUGGAAUGAAAGGGCACUUUCCAGUUAGAACUCAGGAUUUUAAUGGUGCCUCUUCAGGAGGUGGAACAUAUGUUAAAGUUGGAUGGGUAAACUACACUGACUCAGACUAUCUUCACUUUAUACCAUAUGAGUCAAGUGGAAUAACACAAGUUGGAGUGCAGUUGCUUAUGGAAAGUGUGGAAAGUUAUGUUUAUUCUGUGUUGGGAGCACAAGCUAGAACAAGGUGGAGUAUUGUUAGCGGUCAAUCAGGUAAGGCCCUUCAAUCACAAGAGGCUUUUAGAAAAAUUGUUGAAGAUACUAUAGUUCAAAGUAGUGUAAACACUACAAUUAGCAACAUGAGAAUAGCUAUAAGGGACACUAAUGUAAUAUUAAAUAUGGCAAUCAAUCCUAACAUAAUACUGGUUCCUUCUAAGCUAAUCAUUCUUGA